GAUCCCAACAACUGUAGUAAACCUAAACGAAAUGUCAAGUCACAGGUAAAUCCUAAGUAUUUGUAGUAUUUCUUUGGGUUAUUACUGUUGCAAGGAAUAACGUUUUUAUAAUUAAUCAUCUCUCUUUGUAGUGCUUCAUGCUCAAGUGAAACUUCAGUCGACCUUAGCGAAGCCUUUCGAAUUAUGAUAUUGAACAAGCGUUUCGCGUGCUGGGAUGACUUUGAUAUCGCCUUAAAAGAGUUCCAAAAAGUAUGGAAUAGUAAUUUUAUCGCUUCUCAGACUACUUAUACUCGUUACAUUCACACGGAAAGCAGGUUGCUAAAGGAUGUCAGGUUUAAAUGCCUGUUUGUAACGUUUAAUUGUACGUUUGGUCAUAAGCGGAAAUCGGAAGGUUUGAAAGUGAAGCAAAAACCGUCCAAAUUCCGUAAUUGCCAAUCUAAAUUCCUUGUAAGACUAGAGGAGCAAGGAUAUGUCAUCAAAUCCUACAACAUGCUCCACAAUCAUCCAUGUAGUAGUUCAUGGAUGGUAUGUGAUCCAUGGACAAGGAGAUUAUCAUCAGAAGAAAAAGAGAACUUGAAGCCAGUAAUACUGCACUGUGAGUCAGCAGAUGAAGUUAUCGAAAGUAUUAAGGAGAGAACUGGUAAGCAAGUAACCGCUGCCGAUGUCAAAGGUAUGAAAGCUACACCCUCCACUGGUGAGUGUAUAUAAAUAUAUUUCAGGUUGUACUCGGAAGCAGGUAAUGCACAUGACGCGACAAAACGGUGAAGUUAGAGAGCAUGUAGAAAAUGGAUGUAUUACGGCAAUAUGCUUCAGCAGUUAUGACCAGAUACGGUUGUACAAUCAAUAUCCCGAAGUCGUGUGUAUUGAUUCUACGUAUAAAACUAAUAAUAAAAAGUGAAUAUGA